AUGAACCAAAUACAUAGCCCUUAUCUACGUGUGUUUGUCCUAUUACAUGGUGCAUUUGGAUUACAAUUAUUACCAAUAACAUUUACAAAUCAACGUUCAUCAAUCUAUUUGAUUAUAAAUUUAUUAUUAAAUACAAUAACAUUAUAUUGUAUUUAUUAUGAUUCGAUUGUUGCCGAUAGUAUUGUACAACAUCAAUCACAUAAAUUAUAUCAUCAUUUUUUACGUUUAAAUUUUCAUCUUAUCUAUCCAAUUAUAUAUUUUUGUUUUAUAUUCAAUUAUCUUCUAUACGGUUAUCGUAUUAUUUUAUUAUUAGAUUCACCUGUAUUUAUUCACCGAUCAUUAAUGUUUGAUUGUCGUCGUAAUCGUUUAAAAGCAUUAACGAUUUAUUUAGCUGUAAAAUUAUUCUGGGAUCAUUGGUCAUUCGUUAAUAAUUAUCAUUGGAUUAUUAUUCUUAUUUAUAAAUUUAAUUGGCGUCAAUUUAAAUUAUUAUUUGGUUUAUAUUUUUAUCAUAUUUAUAUUAUUACAACAUGGUUUCUAUUAUAUUAUCAUCAAAUUGUUUUGUAUUUAACAUUACAAAGAAUUCAACAAAAAUUAUCCGCCAAAUCCGUUAUAAAAAAUAAUAAUUAUAAUAAUUUUUCAUUUGAAAAACGUUUAUAUCGUUCAAUUCGUAAUGUUUCACUAAAAAAUCAACAAAUUCAAUCAAAAUUUUCAUUAAUAUUGGCUGUUAUAUUUUUAGAACAUAGUAUUGUAACGAUAACAAGUUUAUGUUAUCUAUUUCUUGAUCAAAUGGGUAAUGAAAUGAAUCGUCCAUUAUCCAUUUAUUCACAUUCAUUACGGUUUUUAAUUUAUUUUGGUUUAAUUGAAAUUAAUCGUCAAAAUAUUCAAUUAUUUGAUCAAAUUGAACGUUAUUUUAAUUGUAAAAUAUUCAAUAAUAAUGAAGGGAAAAAAAUUUCAUCAAGAUUUUCACAAUUUUCACAAUUAAAAUUAUAUCGACAAUAUUAUCCAUUAUCAAUAUUUCAUUUUAUGAAUAUUGAUGCUAUAACAGCAUUAGAAUUAUUUUUUAUUUCAUUAAGUUUUGUUUUAAUUAUUUCAUUAGCAUAAACAUCAUUUGAUUUUAUUUAUAAAAUUUGUUU